AUGUCCAUCCAAACCCCACGAAUACUUCCCUCUCACCUCCAAGCCUUCCAUAGUUCAUCCGGUGUCAAUCAGCACGUCAACACAGUCCGUAUCCUAGGCAUAGUCAGCGCGCUCCACGGCGAAACGGCAGUGAUCAAAUGCGGAAACCACGGUGAUGUGACACUACUCCUUAAAUCGGAUUCGCAUCUACAAAUGGGGAAAUUGGUUGAGGUUGUUGGGAAGGUUACUGAGUUGAGUGGUGGACAGGGAUUGGGGAUCAAUGUUCUUGCGACUACAGACUGGGACACUCCCUCGAAUUUUGAUUAUAAGACCUAUGAGCAAGUUGUGGAAGUGACGCAUCGAUACAAGGAGAUUUUCUACGACGCUUGA